GCAGCCACGUGACCCCGGUUUAGAUGAUUAAUGAAUGAAUUAGCUUAGUUAGUAAAUGUAACAAAUAUAUUAAUUAAAAGGCGAAAAUAUGCAUUUAAAAAUGAAACUUGUCAUUUCACCUUAAAACAGGCUAAAUAACCGAAAAUAUUACUGUUAUUCUUUGACUGUUCAGCUUUACAAACGGCAUCCCAUGCGUUACCAUGGAGACGGAAAGUGAGUUGGGAAAUUCUAAAUUCGGGGUUUUAUUUAUGACAACAACUCAUUUUUACCAACUCUAAAAAUAAUAUUUAUAGCUGUUUUAAAUUAAAUUACUUCCAGCCAUUUCUACUUCAAUGAUUCUAUUCGUACAUGAAGUUUCGUGAACUUUUCUGUGAUUGUGUCGGAAAGCAUUUGGCCGGCCACCCCUCUGAGCUAAAUGGUACGGUCCCAUUUCAAAAUGGCGACGGCGUCUUCCAAAAGAUUGUCCAGUUUUGAACUUUUUUCCCUCUUUUUCCCGCUCCUUCAGCUCUGGUGAUGAAGACUUCGGACGCUGUGUGUGUCGUGGCGCCGAGCCGGGAGGGGGGGUUCCGGUUCCACCGGUUCGUGCCCCCCUCCGGGCAGACCGCCCGCGCGGCGGCGGACAGCUUCAGCCAAAGCCGCGGCUUCCAGCUCGGUCCGAUGCGGAUCAGUGCGCCGCACCUCCCGCAGGAGAUGUUUGCCGGAGAACCGGACGCCAGUUUCCAGCUGAGAGCGACGCUGUUCGACCGGAACCAGCUGCUCUUUUUUGGGAGGACGUGGAAGAGUUCCGCCCAGAAGAUGAAAAACCAGAAGAUCUCCUUCAAUCAGGUCCUGUACUUCCACACAUCUCUGCUGGUCCCUGGCAUCCUGGUGGUUUUGGAGUUGGUGUCCAUCUCAACCAAACGGGACGGCUCCCAUCAGGCCGUGGGGAGGGGCUUCGCGGUUCUGGAGCUGCUGUCCAGCGGUCCACAGGCUCCUCCUGUAUACGGCGAGAGAAGGCUGAAUCUACAUCAUGGGACCCCGCGAGGCCUUCUGCACCCACAGCUGAGGGACGCCGCCGACUACAGCAGUUAUUUGAAGCCCAUUGAUGGAGCUCAUCUGGACAUGGAGCUAAAGAACCACCCUUCACUCCUUUCUGUGGCCCAUCUUCUGCCUGACAACAGCAUUGUCUCUGGAGACGAAGACAUUCCUGGGCCUGAGCCGUCGCCGACAGGAGACGCUCUGCUGAGGCCUCAGCUGCCGGAGAUGAUGCCGCUCAGUCUGAACAGGCUGACCGUCUCCCUGCAGCCCUCCCUGGAGACAUUUGAGAGCCGGCUGCUGCAGCUCAUCAAUGCCGACGGCCUCAACAUGAGACAACUGGGACCAGAAGAUGCUCAGAAAAGUGUCGUCAUCCAGGAAAGGAGGCUCCACGUUGGUGUCCACAAUGGGUGGUGUUUCCUGGAGAAGCCUCAGGUGGUGGUACUAGAGCGGCUCGCCUCAGGGGUCAGAGGGCCAACAGAUGGCGGCGCCAAAAGGAGCAAGCCGGUCAUGGACAGCUCAUCUUCAUCGACACUCAGCCUCCGCAGCAGCCUGCAGCUCUGGCUGGUCGAUCACCCCAACAUCGCCAUCGUCUUCCAGCUGGAGUACGCCUUCUCUGCUCCCACCAGCAUCAACUCUGCGCUGUCUGCUACCUCCACCACUCGGGCAGCCUUCCUGCAGUGUCUUCGCUGGGGGGGUUGGUGUCCAUUUCAGCAGCAGGCUGACUGGAACAGCAGAGAGAUCCAGCUGGCUCUACAAGGAGGCUCAAAGCCAAACCCUUUUGGGGUUUUGGUCUACAGCUUGGAGGGGGCCACUGCAGCUUCAGGGUCUCCUCAGGUUACCCUGGAGACCAAGGACAUGAUUUCAUUUUGGCUUUCGCCCAGCCUGGGGGGGAAGGCAUGCACCCCAAAGGCAUCUCUGAAGUCCAAGAAAGAAGUUCCAUACCAGAGAUCAUCUUCAUCACCAUCACAGGGUAGGAAAGAGGCUCCUCCCCCAGAGUCACCUAGAGGCCCCGGGCUCUCUCUGUCUCAGCUGGCAGCUUCUUCAGGCUUCCCGACCCUCAGCCACUCCAGCACAGCGUUGCCGUGGAAACACUCAUUUCCUUCUCCGCUCCAUCUUUCUCCGCUGGCGUCGGCCCACCAGCUGUCACAUGUCGCCGGCUCGGCCCUCAGCAACAUCGCCCACUUGGAGAUGGACCUUCAGCCCGAUGUCUUAGAGCGGGAAGGAGACCCACGUCAGGAGCUCCCCUUCACACCUGUCCAUGCACCUGCACCCCCCUUUGUUCCAAGGUCCUGCUCAGUCACGGCUCUGGAUCACCUGUUCUCGGUCAGCUUCCCUGAAGUUGUGGACCACCGUGGGCAGAAAGCAGAGGUUCUGGAUCCCAAAGAACCUCUGCUCUUCGAUCCUCAGCGAGAAGAUGCCGACUUUCUACAGGACAACCUGCUGGUCUUCCAGUUUCUGGCGUUGACCAGGACAUCUGCAGCGGAUGCUGAUCCUGGCUGGCCGAGUAACAUCUUCAUCACAUUCCAGUUCUACCGCUUUCCUCCAGUUGCCUCCCAGCGGCUCAGACUUCUCAGCAGCGAUGGCGCCGAGGGUCUUCCCUGCAUCCUCGCCACUGUCGGCAAGGACGGCACCGUUAACAGCGCCUCUCCUGGCCUGCAGCUCCAGUUCAAAGUGGACGAUCGUUUCCUGAGACCCGGCGAGAAGCGGCGCUUCCUUGGUUACCUGGCUCUGCACACCAUGCACUUGGACGUCUGGGAUGGAGACUCGCUGCUGCUCAUAGGUUCCACUGCCAUCGAGCUCAAGUACCUGCUGCGUCAAGGAAGACCUGCAGUCCAGGCUCUCCAUGAGCUGGAAGUCCUGACCACUGACUAUGCUGGGGAGGACACCUCCCUGCUGAGCACAGAUCCAGGUCACCGGUCCACCUACGGCCCUGCAACUUUUCGCACCAUUGUCAGAGGCCGUCUCUACGUGCGCACCAGCAACUUUGGAAGUGGGACAGACGGCAGCAGGCAGACGGCGGUGGACCACAGGCCGUCUGCUGCUCACAUCAUCACACCGUGCAGAGCCAACUGCGGCUUCAGAGGAGGAAGGCUGUUCCCCAGACAGUUCCUCCAGCCUAGCGGGAGGAACACCAUGGAAGUGGACAGGCUGGACGGCCAUGCGGCGUCUGGACGAACAGCUGCCUCUGCGGCGCCGGAGGACAGCGAGACCUGCAGGAAGCUGCACUGCAUGGCGGCGGUGCGGCGGCGGGAAGAAGCGGCAAAAAUGCAGGAUCUGUCCCAGGAAGGUCAGCCCACUGGAGAACUUCCUUCAGUCCAACUGAGCGCAGAGCGCCGCAAGGCGGAGAUGAUCACUGCCAUGCUGAGGGAGAACAUCACCACCCUGCACCUCCUGUAUGCCAGCCUGGGCUCUGCAGAGUUCAUGGAGUUUGUCCUGAAGAACCCCUUCGACGUCCCUCAGAGCGUCAGCAUUCACAGUGAUGACCCAGAGCUCAGUGUCAUCACAAACGCAGAGGAGUGGCGUUACUACAAAGAAACAACCCAAACUCCUACACCUCUGCUGGAAAACAUGUUCCACAUGGAGGGAGGGGCUGAAGGUCCCAUGGUGUACCUCCGGCCCAAAGAGAGCGUCCACAUCCCUCUGAAAUACCAGAGUUUCUUCUGCCAGAGCGCCACGGUACUUCAGGGACCCGGCUUCCUGCCCACAAGCCAAACUUCUCAGAUGGCCAAGAAGAACCCGUCCAAGAUCCCUGCUGCCAAAACCAUCCAGGUCACGUUCCUAGCAGAGGGCGGCAGACCCCUGGCCAUCCUUCACCUGCGGGUGGAGCCGACCCCCCACCUGGUGCAUCAGACUUUCCGGCUUUACCACCCCGAGCUUGGUUUCCUGAAGAAGGCCAUCCGUCUGCCGCUCGACCCAGCGGCCGGACAAGCGGACGGCGGGACGGCUGUGCGCUGCAGCGACCCGGACAUCAUCUGCCAGACCAGAACGCUGGUGCCGGGGGGGCCUCAGCAUGUGUUCCUGAAGGUUCCUGGGAGUCCCAGUCCGGACAUCAGACUCUUCUUUGUGAUGCUGUUCGUGGACGCGUGGAUGGCAGCGCCCUCCCAGAUUUGGCAGAUUUUCGUGCACUUCCUGGAGCGGGUGGACGUCAGCUGUGUGACGGGGCAGCAGCACUGCCAGGCGGUGAUUCUGAGGGGCAGGAAGGCGGUUCACACCGUCAGGUGUUUCCCCUCACACCCCAGGGAGCUUCAGGUGGACCCGGCCGGCGUGUUUGUUCUGCCUCCCGGCGCCGUGCAGGAGCUGCAGCUGAAGCUGCAGCCGUGGCAGGCCGGCCGCCGCUUCAUGUAUGUGAAUGCUGUGGAGGGUGAGCAACAUGGGCUGCUCGCCGCCUGGCUGCUCUGUCUCAGCAUCCACCGGCCCGUCCUCUCAAAGGCAUUUGAACUGUGCAUCCCGGUUGGAAGUGGGCGGGGCAGCUCCAAGAGAAUGACCUAUAGAAACCCGUACAGCAGCCGCCGUACGUUCCUGCUGCACAGCGACCGUCCAGACCUGCUGCAGUUCAGAGAAGAACGCUUUGAGGUUGACGGCGGGGAGAGCCACGCCAUCGGACUGCGCUUCGCUCCCACACAGACUCCGGGUUCUGCAGAGAUUCUGGUCUACGUGAACAACCUGGAGGAGGCGACGGAGGAGACGUUCUGCGUGAAGGUCAACUAUUCCUGAGAGGAAACUUUUUUGAAGUAAAAGAUUUUUAAAAAAACAUUACUUUGAAUGAUUAUAGUUAUUAGUUUGGUUUCAAUCAGAAAGUUCAACCAAAGAAAAAAGACGUUGAAAACGAGGAGCUCCUGUUUUUGCUCCAGAGGCAGAAAAUCUGUUAUUUUUUGUGGUUGCUGGUCUGAUUCCUGUGCCGCAAACGCCGGCAGCUCAUGUCCAAAGUGUGUCCAUGCAGCCUGAGGGGGACAGCCGCCACAUCUCAGGAACUGUAAUGACCAGAAAAAGCCACUUGAACCGCGUGUGAAGAUGGAGUUUUAAUGGAAGACGAGUCAAGAGGCUGUCGGCCGCGUGUCCCAGCAGCGUGCGCUCCUCCCCAGCAUCACCACAAACGGCGCCGUAAUGAGGUGCGCCUUCUCCGGGAGGCACACAUCUCUCCACGUUGGCCUCAUUAACACCAGCACCCUCCACGGUGUCUUCCCUUUCUAAAGCGGAGACAGGCAGGCGGCCGUGCAUUUGUGUUAUGUAACACAGUUACACAAUCCCUACACCCCCGCGCCGCCAUCACGCCUCCUUCCUCUCAUUAGAAUGCAGGAUCAGCCUCAGCACCGCGCUGAAGCCUCAUGAAACCGCAUCUCCUGUCACUCUGUUGUCCUCUGGACGUAGAUGAAGCUCCGCCUCCUCUGGCCGUUUGGCUGAAACGAUGAGUUUGUGACGCCGUGUCUGUUAUUGAUCUGAUUUCUUCUUCUGAUGUAUUUACACAAAGAAGAAUUGUUUUGGUCUCUAUUUCUGCUGAGGCAGAUGUGUUUGUUCAGAUUUUGUUGGAAUAGUUUCACAAUAAAGCUGAUUUCCAUCA